ACUAAAUAAACACUCGCAGUGACCACUAGAUGGCGGGAGAGGCUUUUAUUUUUGUAGCUUUCGUCGCUGCCUCACUUCCGCUUAUUAUUGUUUUGGAAUGUGACGCAACUUCCGGCCGCCAAACACCAGCAGCACUUUUUCGCGGUAAAAUGAAACGAGCGUCUUGAUGUUGAUCAGGUUUACUCUGCCAUCUGACCUGUAGUUUAACUGCUGUAACUAGUGUUUAGAAAGAGAGUGAGCUCGUCGGUGUUGACUAUGAAGUGAGAGCUAAGAUAACGUUCACUAUCAGGUAAACAUUGGACUCUCCAUAUAAUACUAUAACUAUAUAAUCUAGUCUAGCUAUACAGCACUAAACCAUGGCGCUAGUAACAGGAGAAAGCCUGACAACAGAGCUGGAGAUGUUCGAUAUAGCCUGCCAGGAUGACUCCGCUCUCGACAAGAUGGUGGCGCAGUGUAUUUGUAACAGGAUACAGGCAGAUGAGAUGGUGCUGGAGUGGGUGGCCUACAGCACCACAAAAAAUGGACUAAAACUCACCACGGACAACCUGGAGCAAUUUGAACAUGAGGUGUUAAACAAGAAGAAUAGAUCCAAACAAAGCUUCAGAAAAGAAGAAAAACACAACAGAACCAGAGACAUCCACACAAUACAGGACAUAAUCAAAGCUGAGGAAGAGGAGGAGAAUCUGCUGGAUGCCUACUCUACUCCUGCUAAGGGUUCCCAGAAACGAGCGCUGACCACUCCUGAACACCCACAUUCAAAAAGAAGUGCAGCUCUGCUGGCCAGCCCGAGCCUGCUGCUGUCUCCUGCCAGCUUUUCUCCCAGUGCAACACCCUCACAGAAGUACAGCCAGCGAGGAGCAAAAGGGGAGGUGGUGGUUUCGUUCGGGGCCGUGCAGGGAACCCGUUGGGCAGGCAGGAAGGCUCUGGGCGCCGGCGUCCAACUGGAGCUCCUGGAAGGGCCUGAAGACUCGCUCCGCUGCAGCUACAAGUACAUGUUCCAGAGGCUGCGCGAUGUUCGAAAUGUGUUGACGGAGAAGAUAGAGGAGCUCGGCGACGGCCUCAGGUCUCACUUCAACAUCGAAGAGUUCUCCCCCGUCUCUCUGCCCGCUCAGGACAGUAUAACGGUGUUGGGUCAGGUUUGCUGUGACAGUAACGGCAAACUGAACGCACACUCGGUUCUGUUGGAGGCGGGACCGGAGCAAGGCGGUCAGAUAGUACCUGUCGACCUAUCAGAACUUAAAGAGUACUCACUGUUUCCUGGUCAGGUGGUGGUGAUGGAGGGAAUGAACACAACAGGAAGAAAACUGACGGCUUCCAAACUCUGCGAGGGAGUCCCUCUUCCUUUCUACACUCCUGAGGUGAAAAUGGAGAUGGAUGAAGAGCCAAUGAAUGUAAUGGUGGCAUGCGGACCGUACACUCCCUCUGACAGCCUGACCUUUGACCCUUUGCUGGACCUCAUCAAUGUCAUUGUCAGGGACCGCCCUGAUGUCUGCCUGCUGCUGGGCCCGUUUGUGGAUUCCAAACAUGAACAAAUUGAGAAAGCUCAGGUGACCGAGACGUUUGAGGCCAUUUUCUCAAGAUGUAUCGAAAGCAUUGUGGAUGGAACCAAAAGCGUUGGCUGUCACCUGGUGUUUGUUCCCUCCCAGAGAGACAUCCACCAUCAUUUCAUCUACCCACAGCCUCCUUUCAUCCUGCCGAACGUCAUUAAGGACCAGGCCCAGCGUGUCACCCUGGUCCCUGACCCCUGCACCCUGCUGAUUGACGGUGUGACCUUUGGCGUGACCUCCACUGACAUCCUGUUCCACAUGGGCGCAGAGGAGAUCAGCUGCGGCACUGGAUCAGACAGAUUUUCACGCAUACUGAAACACAUGCUGACCCAGAGGAGCUACUACCCGCUGUACCCGCCUGUGGAGGAGGUCAACAUGGAUUAUGAGAAGUUCCAGAGCUUCGGCCAGAUGCCGCUGACCCCCGACGUCCUCAUCGUUCCCUCCGAGCUGCGCUAUUUCGUAAAGGAUGUGGUCGGCUGUGUGUGUGUCAACCCCGGACGGCUGACCAAAGGCCAGGUGGGUGGGACUUACGGCAGGUUGCUCAUCCAGCGCAGCGCUCCAUCAGACGACGGGCGGAGAGCGAGCCCCUGUUUGGCUGCUCAGGUGGUGAAAAUCUAAAUUAAGACUCUGAAUCCUCGUUGUCACCAGCUGAAUUAACCCGGACCAGUUCACCAAGCAGCUUUGAACGCUGAUGUAAAAUAUGUUAAAAAAAUAAUUCACUGUACUGUUGAUGGUUUAUUUUUAUAUAACAAACAUGUCUGGUUGGUGGUGUCAUUACUGUGGUGGAAUAUCAGUCACUCAAACAGAAAUAAUAAUCUCUUUUCAAUAAAUUAUUGUCUCUC